AUGUGUUGGUUGAUUUUACUGAAAAGUGCACGAUUAACCGCGAUUGAGGCAGCAGAUUUCAUGAGGUUCACGGAAAAAGUGGUAUGGGCCGAAGCAUGGUACCACAAGGCAUCGGGGAAAAUAGCAUUCCGUACCAGAGCAAAGGAAAAUUAUAACACAUGGAAUUUAAAAACAAAACAAAAAAGAUUUGCCUGGAGCAAUGUGAGAUUAGGCACUCAGCUUCUGAUGUUCGAGGUGACGAGCACUAAAAAAUAUGCCCAACACUUCAAGGCAUUCAUGAACAUUUGGUUACCAACGGGAACUAUCACAUAUACACCAUUGGGGUUAGCACAUGGUAUGGAUUGGGGACCACUGAGACUAUCGGCAAACUUCGCAUUUAUGGCUCUGCUAGCAAGGAAACUUGGUGUUGGGCCGAUUACGUAUGAAGAAUUUGCAAAACAACAAAUUGGUUACAUGCUUGGCGACACGGGAAGAAGCUUCGUUACCAACUUCGGGGUAAAUCCACCUGUUAGAAUACACCACAGAAGCAGUUCAUGCCCUGAUAGACCGGAACCAUGCGACGUGAGUUAUUUGGGUUCACCAGAGCCAAACAAACAAGUUCUAGAAGGAGCUCUAGUUGGCGGGCCCGACAUUAAUGAUAACUAUAUAGACGAUCGAACAGAAUAUAAGAUGACAGAGGUAGCUAUAGAUUAUAAUGCUGGAUUCCAGUCUGCAAUUGCAGGUCUGCUCUACCACAAGAACAAGUAAAUGAAUUGGAAUUUCUGCAAGGCAUUGCAUUAUAGUCAUGCCGCCUGAAUUACGUUCAAUCGUAACUCGUUCACUGUUUAAUAGUUCUCAAACUUGAAUUCAUUUUCUUCGUGAUUCAUCAGUUCUACAAUCGCAUCAUAAUAUUAUUAUUUUAUUCACAAUACUGUUUAUUGAAAACAAAAUACGUUAGUAAUGAAUAUUAUAAU